GCAGAUGAAAUCAAGGUUGAUAUAUUGACUGCAACCCAAGAUAAGGAUAAUGUCAAACGUACCGAGGAAGUAUCCAGAGCAUUUAUAUCUGACACAAUCACAGUUCCGACUGCAGAGAUGUUUAGCUACGCGAUACGCUCUUCUCUCGGUGACGAUGUAUAUUUCGAACCUUCCACUGCCGCGCUUGAAGAACAUAUCGCUCAACUUGCGGGAAAGGAGGCAGGGAUUUUCCUACCUACGGGUACAAUGUCUAAUCAGAUAGCGCUUCGGACACUUCUGGAGCAACCACCUUACUCAGUCCUUUGCGAUGUACGGUCGCAUGUUUACCGGUUCGAGGCAGGGGGACUAGCCUUCCACUCUGGUGCUCACAGCACACCUGUCAUUCCAUCCAACGGACAUCAUUUAACACUGGAAGAUAUCGAGGAUCACGUUAUACUGAGCUCUGACGUACAUGUGUGGGUUUUUUAUAUCCUUUUCGUUGUUCUAUUAUAUUUGAAGUCCUUCGCUAGUGCACCUACUCGUGUGAUUACACUUGAGAAUACUCUCAACGGCACAAUCAUCCCACAGAACGAGAUAUACAUGAUAUCGGAAUUCGCUCGCAGUAAGAAGAUAAAGAUGCACCUUGAUGGAGCACGCAUAUGGCACGUCGCAGCGGAGACAAACACUUCAAUCCGUGAACUUUGUAGUCCCUUCGAUUCGGUUAGCUUGUGCUUGAGCAAGGGUUUGGGAGCUCCCAUAGGAACGUGCCUUGUUGGAACUAAGCCUUUCAUAAGAAAGGCACGUUGGUUCCGUAAGCUCCUUGGCGCUGGUAUGCGCCAAACCGGCUUCCUUGCUGGAGCUGCUGCCUACGCUCUUGCUAACAACUUCCAGCUCCUUCCGCGGGUGCAUGCGCUGGCCAAACACAUGCAGCAAGGUCUAGAGAAGUUGGGAGUUGGGAUUCUAAGUCCAGCAGAGACAUGCAUGGUAUUCUAUGACCCCGAUCCUAUCGGGGUAGAAUAUUGGGAAGUUGUUGAACCACUGUGA